CGGGCUCCGAGGCCCCGCCCCCGAGGAGGCCGCGGGUCCUACCUCCCCGGCGCCCGGCGCCGGGCCCGCGGGUGGGCCCUGGGUUGGCAGCGCGCGCCACCGAGCCGAGCGGUAGCUGAGCUCCCCAUGCAGAGCGCCGAGCGCUCGCCGGCGCCGCCCCGGCUGCCCCCGCACGACCCGGGCACGCCGGCGCUGUCGGUGGUGGACAUGCACACGGGCGGCGAGCCCCUGCGCAUCGUGCUGGCGGGGUGUCCGGAGGUGGCGGGCCCCACGCUGCUGGCCAAGCGGCGCUACAUGCGCCAGCACCUGGAUCACGUGCGGCGACGGCUCGUGUUCGAACCCCGGGGGCACCGGGACAUGUACGGGGCCGUGCUGGUGCCGAGCGAGCUGCCGGACGCGCACCUGGGCGUCCUGUUCCUGCACAACGAAGGCUACAGCUCCAUGUGCGGCCACGCCGUGCUGGCGCUGGGCCGCUUCGCGCUCGACUUCGGGCUGGUGGCUGCGCCCCCAGCCGGCGCCCGCGAGGCCCGCGUCAACAUCCACUGCCCGUGCGGGCUGGUGGCCGCCUUCGUGCAGUGCGAGGGCGGCCGGAGCCGCGGCCCGGUGCGCUUCCACAGCGUCCCGGCCUUCGUGCUGGCCACAGAUCUCCCGGUGGAUGUUCCUGGUCAUGGAAAGGUGGUAGUGGACAUUGCAUAUGGUGGCGCAUUUUAUGCAUUUGUUAGUGCUGAAAAGUUAGGACUCAAUGUUUGUUCUGCAAAGACAAGGGACCUUGUGGAUGCAGCAAGUACAGUGACAGAAGCAGUGAAAGCUCAGUUUAAAAUUACUCAUCCUGAUAGUGAAGACCUUGCCUUUCUAUAUGGAACUAUAUUAACAGAUGGAAAAGACACUUACAGUGAGGAGCCAACCACCAACAUCUGUGUGUUUGCAGAUGAGCAGGUUGACCGAAGUCCUACGGGCUCAGGAGUGACAGCCCGAAUUGCCUUACAGUAUCAGAAAGGGCUUCUGGAACUGAACCAGACCAGAGCCUUUAAAAGCAGUGCCACUGGCUCAGUCUUCACCGGGAAGGCUGUGAGGGAAGCAAAGUGUGGGGAUUUUAAUGCGGUUAUAGUGGAAGUAUCCGGACAAGCCCAUUACACGGGAACAGCAAGCUUUACAAUAGAAGACGAUGACCCACUGAGGGAUGGGUUUCUUCUCAAGUGACUUCUAUGACUUUUAAAGGCUUUCUUUUUAAAGCAAUCGUUAUCUAUCAGUAAUUUUCAUCUGAAUUAUGUGGAAACCUAUAUCCAAAUUGUACAUGUAAGCCAAUUCCCAUUUUUCUAAAAUAGUACACUGUGGCUAAAUAUAAAAUCAUUAUACCUCAGAGAUGCAUAGAUAUAUAGGUGUAGGUCCUGAAAUACAGGUGCACAGUAGAAAACAAUCAGUGAAUCACUACAGUGGGACAAGCCUCAUACUCUACCAGCUACAUGCCAGGUAGAUUUAUAACAUGAUGUCCUGGCUAGUGUGGCUCAGUUGGAUGAGCUUCGUUCCAUGCACCAAAAGGUCGCUGGUUCGAUUCCAGGGCACAGACAGGGUAGUGGGCUUGAUCCCUAGUAUGGGGUGUGCAGGAGGCAGCCGAGAUGUUUCUCUCUAACAUUGAUGUUUCUCUCUCUCCUUUCCCUUGUUAUCUCUCUAAAAUAAAUAAAAACAUGUUAAAAAAAUAAAAUAUGAAAGAAAUGGUAACUCUUGGUAUUCUUGCCUGUGAGCCUGUUAAAAAUAAAUUUGAUCAUUACCAGUCAUUAUAAAAUGAAGAAUUAAAAUUAUUCAACAUGUAAUGCUCUCAAUAUUCCUUAAACUCUGCUGUGAUUAGUAGUAUUUCUUUUUUCUGAGCCGACAGAAACUGAGGUAAUUAAUUCAUUUAAACUGGCUUUGCCAUCCACCAAGUCUGUAUAGACCCAGUCAUUAGGUCUAUUAUUUAAUUACCUGACUAAAAUCAAUUACACAACAAAAUAAUGUUUUCCACUCAUUCUCUAUUACAUUCUUUGGUAAAGAAAUCACGUCUCUCUAAAAAAUAACACUAUCACUAACUUUUCCCCACUUUAUUAACACUCCUUUUUCUCUGGGAAGCUAUCCAUCCCCUGAACAUAGCCUUGCUGGGACUACCAGGCAAGGGAAAGGGUACACCAAUCAGGCUCUUGCUCCCAGGACCUGGGAUUUGUUGUUGUUGUUAAUCCUCACCCAAGGAAAUUUUUCCAUUGAUUUUUAGGGAGAUUGGAAGAGAGAGGGAAAGACAGAGAGAAACACUGAUGUGAGAGAAACACAUCGAUUGUUUGCCUCCUACACAAGCCCAAUCUAGGGCCCAGGCUGGGGAGGAGCCUGCAACCAAGGUACACACCCUUGACUAGAAUCAAAUCAGGGACCCUUUGUCCGCAGGCUGACACUCUAUCCACUGAGCCAAACCAACUGGAGCAGGAUUGGGAUCUUGAGAGAAAUGACAUUCGGUUUAAAAAUGGUUGAAGCAGACUUAUUCUGAUAGUGCCUUAAAGAGAUCACCCUCAAUUAGUGUUUGCUAUCUCUACCCACAGAGCUGCCCUGACUUCUCUUGUUCUUGGGGCUGGCUGUUAGACUAUCCUUCUAUAAUCUGUAAAUUCCUUUCUUGUUUAAGGGAGACAGUGCCCUAUAAGUAUUGCUUAUCUCCAAAGACCCUAAUCCAUACACUAACUCCUUAAAAUCUCUUCUGCUCUUCGUUGUAAAUGCCUGACUUCAGACUCCUUCAUUUCUUCCCUGGUCAUUACAAUGCCUUUUCCUAACUGGUGUCCCAGUUGCUAACUUCUCCUCUGAUAGUUACUCAAAAAAUAUUUCUUUUGUGUGUUUUCCUAAUAGUUUUCCAGAGUACUAAGUACUAGGAAUCCAAUAAAAAGCCAAACAGGUCAAGUCCUAGUCUUAACAGAGUCGACCAUGGGAGGCAAGUAAUAGUCAUGAAAACAUAAUUAUAGACAGUGUGGUAUGUCCUACAAGCCCAGGGGGCUUACCCUGAGGGACUAACAUUCAUGCAGAGAUGGGGGUGCUAUGGGAUUGGGGGAAGGAGUGGUGGUGGAGCUUUCUCGGCACAAGACAGAGUAGGUACAAAUGCCCCAAGGAACUCACAAUAGGCCAGUGUGGUUAGAGUGGAGUAAAAAAGAAGGAAAGUGGCCCAAAAUGAGACUAGGGAGGAAACAGAUGUGAAAUCAUGCAGUGCCUUGCAGUAAAUAUUAAGGAUUGGGGUCCUUACCCCAAAUUAAAUGGAGAAAGCCAAGAGAAUGUUUAAAUAAGUGGCAUGAUCAGAUUAUUUUGUUUAAACAAAGCAUUCUGCCUACAAUGUGGAGUAGGGGCUGGAUGUGGGGAGACCCAGCUGGGAGGUGUCAGCAAUAGUCCAAAGAGAGGAUGAGAGCUAGGAUUCAGGUGGACAAUGGAGUGAUGGAGGAAGUGAAUGGAUACAAAGAUAUUUAAUAAGUAAAAUCCUCAGGUUUUGGUGAUUGGACAUGGGUUGGUAUGAGGAAGAGAAAAUGUAUCUAGAAAGAACCCUAAGUUUUUAGUUUUUGCCUAGAAAACUAGGUGGAAGGUGGUGUUUUUGUUUUGUUUUGGUUUGGUUUUUUUUUUGAGAUUCAAAAUAUUGAGGACUAAGGUUUUUAGGAAAGAUCACGAAUUCCAUUUUGGUCACCUUACAUUUUAGGUGCUUUUGCACAUCAAGGGUCAUUGCCAAGUAGCAAGAUACAUGGUUUGGAACUAGGGACAUAAUUUAGAGUUGUGAGUAUAUAGUUUUCAAAGCUGUGGCUGUGAGUGAGAAGGGGGAAGAAGUCCAGAGCAAUCCAGGACGGGGCCUUGGAUUCUAGUAUUUAAAGGUAGGUGAGGGAGGAUGAACUAGCUGAGGACACUGAGGCAAACGAGGAAGAGGAGAAACUCCAGUAGGAGAGUGUGAGGUCACUCUUACCUUUCUGAACCAUGCCUGAUCAUGCCCUCCCUUGUUUAAACUCCUUCAAUGGCUAGUGCCAUUACCCCGUCUUCUCCCAAUGAAGUUCCACCUCUGUAACACUGCACGCAAGGCCUUUGUAAGAGGGCCCCAAUCAGUUUUCAUCAUUCUUCCCCCUCUUCACUCCCUACCCCACAUAGCCUCAGAUACAGGUAUUUCUCGCCAGUACCCAAGAGUAAAGUACUUAGACACUAACCUUCAGACUUCACACAUGCAUCAAGUGUCCUUCCCUUUCUUCUCCUUUUUUUUUGAGAGUCCAUUGUCACUUCUUGUGCCAAGUCUUUAUUCUCCAUCACCUUCCCUAGGAAGAGUUAGUCACCUCCAUAGAAUUUCAUUUGUAUAUUUUUAACAAUACUUUCCACACUGCAAUAUAGUUGUGUGUACCUAAGGCUGUAAGAUUCUUCCAGCUGGGAUCCUUAUCUUACUUGUUGUUUCUGAACACUUAGCACAGAGAUUUUAUAAAUUAAUCUAUUAAAUUUUUGUCUUAAUUCA